CCAGCUGACUGACCUAUCAGUUCUGUUUUGUUUGUUUUUAAAUUAUAUUUCAAUGGAGAAAAUAAAUGAAGAUAUAUGGAUAAAUAUAUUAAAGUUCCUACCCAUGACUGACCAGUUGGAACUGGCAAAAGUCAACCAGAAUAUAUCAUCCUAUGUGGAAUAUUAUUGGGGCCACUUAAAGACAGUGAUGCUAACCCGCGAAGAUCUGGAGGCACUGGACCAGAACAAGGAACUGAUGCAAAAAUGCCUGGGCAGUUGGUCUAAGUCGGUGGAGCGGCUUAGACUGGCCAGUGCCAGUAGAGAUCUUCUGCAGAAAUGGUCGGAAUAUUCAUUUCCCCACCUCCGGACGCUGGACUGUCACAUGGACUAUAACCUCGAGGAAGCCGACGAGGAAACGGUUCUGCUCACCGAGCUGUUUCCACUCCUGACUAACCUGACGCUGAACAGCAGCACCACAGGUCUCCAUUUGUGGCAAUGGAAGCAGUUGAAGGAAUUAAAUCUCAUCUGGUGCGAGUACCUGGAGUCGGACUACUUCGAGGAGAUCUUCAGCAGACUUAAGCUUACCAAGCUGACAUUGCUAUACUAUGGAUACAAUGUGAAUCUGGGGGAGAAAGUUCUCGAUGUCACCCGUUGUUCCACCCUGGAAGAGCUAAUUAUUGACGACCACCAUUUGUUGGGCGAUUUUAUGCAUCGCCUGAUGAAUCUGCCUCACUUCCGCCGCCUGGCAUUCUACACCCGGGACUACUCUGAAUCCUCGCUAAAUUCUAUCACCCGGUACAAACCGCUUAAGGUGCGAUCGCUGCUCUUUAACGACUCCUUCUGGGAUAACGAACGGAUGGCAGAAAAUAUCGUGCACAUGACCAAUCUUCGCCGGUUGGUCUUGCAGGAAGACGACAUCGAUACCCAGCAGCUGCUCUCUAUCUGCCAAAAGCUGCGAAAUCUUGAGGAGCUACAUCUGUUGCAAAUGCGGGAAGUACCUCCGCCCAACUAUUUGUGGAAUACCAUAAGCCUCUGCCCCAAGCUAAAGAUCCUCAAUCUGUCCUCUACAAAGUUAGCCUGUCGAUCGGUGGAACUCAGCAAAUCACGCCUUUUAAAAGUUCUGGGCUCUCGUUUAUGCCCAGUGACCCUACAUCUUCACAAUACUGGAUUAACUCCAGAAACGGUCCUGUCUCUUGGUGAUUGUAAUAACUUAAACAUAUCAUUCGAGCCCAUCCGUUUAAAUAUUUGGAGUUCGCGAUUUAUGGAAAUCGAAUUCGAUCCUGAAUUGGCAUAG